UCGGCUGCGAACGCAUUCGCUCCCCGGUGGGGCGCUCGAUUUUUAUGUGUGUGCGAACGCGUUGUCGCGCUAACGGUUUUGAGGGAGCGAUUAAGGGAACGGUUAAACGGUUUUCUAACGAUGCAUUGAGCGAAAACUGAAGUUGUGUAUAGAAUUGUUAUUCAAAAAACUGUGAUUAAUUGUUGAGUUUAGUGAGUGAGUGAAUGCAAAAUUCUAGUUGUUUGUGAGUGUAGAUACUGUGAGAAUGUAAAUUAUCACCAUCACCGACGAACUUCAUCAUCCACUUGAAAACGUGCUGAUGGAAGGAUUCUUUCCAAUGCCGGUACAGUGUGUGUGUCUUGUUCUUAAUUUCUGUUAGUCUGAACGCCGCCGGAAAAGUGAAACGGCAAAGCCGUGCAGAGUGUGUGCGCUUGUGUGUGUGUCUUUUUCGUCGUGAGCAGCGUCUCCUUUUUUCUGUGUGUGUGCUAAAACAGUGAAGUUGAAUUUUAAUCAAAAGCUCAAUCAACACCUAUUAAGUUUGUUUGCUUCCCGCCACUUGCCUGGUGCGUGAGUGUUGCGUGAUCGUUUUUUGUGUGUAUGCUGGUAGUUCAAAAGUCGCACAGUUCUUUAAAAAAAAGGACUCAGUGUUCAAGGUGUUUUAAAAGAAACUUACGACUCUUUUUCAAAUUCGCUUGUUAAAAGGAAGAGCACUACCGGACAAAAUUCCCAUAAGCAUGACGCAGCUGAGGCCAGCCAGCAAUCGAACGGCUUUUGAUCAAUCGCUUUCAUUCGGUUUUGCUCCCGAGCGCAGCAAAAUGUAGAUGGGCUUGCGGGAGCUGCACCAUCCCGUGCGUAUUUUAAACCGGCACAAAUGAAGAUCGGCUGUUCCGGUGGGGCGUUUGAUUAAGCCAGCAACCGAACGCAGUCAGCAGCAUGGGAUCGUGUCGAACGGUGUACUGAUCGAGUCUUGGUUAACGCGACCCGAACCCCUACCCGUGUGUAUGUGUGUGUAACCGAAUUGUCCAUCCGUUUGUCCAAUUUGUACCGUCGAAAGAUUGAUUAAGGAUAAAGGACACGAGCGCGCCUUGCAACGAUGGCCGUGGCCCACACGACGGCCGUCGGACUGGUGGGAGCAAAUUUAUUCAUCACCAUCAAUCGCAUCAUCCUCGGUUCGUUCAGCAACAUAGCGAUCGGCAUCGGGACGUGCUACUUCCUGGCACCGGCCGGGCCCGUCCACGGCGCUAUCCGGCUGACCCAGCGUAACAACCAUGCGAACAUAUCGGAGCUGCUGGACAACUUGCUGCGCGGGUACGACAACAGCAUUCGGCCCGACUUUGGCGGACCGCCGGCAGUCAUCGAGGUGGAUAUUAUGGUGCGCAGCAUGGGUCCGAUUUCCGAGGUGGAUAUGACGUACUCGAUGGAUUGCUACUUCCGGCAGUCGUGGGUCGAUCGGCGGCUUGCAUUCAGCGGCGCACAGGACACGCUGGCACUAAGCAUUUCCAUGCUCGGGCGCAUCUGGAAGCCGGAUACGUACUUCUACAACGGCAAGCAGAGCUAUCUGCAUACCAUCACGACACCGAACAAGUUCGUGCGCCUCUACCAGGACGGACGUGUGCUGUACUCGAGCCGGCUCACCAUUAAGGCCGGCUGCCCGAUGAACCUGGAGGACUUCCCGAUGGAUACGCAGCGAUGUCCACUGAAGUUUGGUUCGUUCGGCUACACCACGAACGAUGUGCUGUAUCGGUGGAACAGUGGUCGCACGGCCGUCACCAUCGCCGACGACAUGAAGCUGUCUCAGUUCGAUCUGGUCGAAUGGCCGGCCGGAAACGUGACGGAUCGGGUGGUGCACAACACGGCGAGCGCCGGUGCGACCGUGCUGAACGGCAUGGGCAGCGCCGACCUGGAGCUCGGCCUGGGGCUGGACGGUGGCGUUGGACGUGCAACUGGUGGCGAAGGCAACGGCAAACUCUACAUGUCGGAAUAUUCAAUGCUGCUGGUAAGCUUCCAUCUCCAGCGGCACAUGGGCAACUUCCUGAUACAAGUGUACGGACCGUGCGUGCUGCUGGUCGUCCUGUCCUGGGUUUCCUUCUGGUUGAACCGCGAGGCAACGGCAGAUCGGGUUUCGCUCGGCAUCACCACCGUACUGACGAUGACGUUCCUGGGUCUGGAGGCGCGCACCGACCUGCCGAAGGUACCCUACCCGACCGCGCUGGACUUUUUCGUGUUCCUUUCGUUCGGCUUCAUCUUCGCCACGAUCAUCCAGUUCGCGAUCGUGCACUACUUCACCAAGUACGGCUCGGGCGAGUGUUACUUCAGCGUGGACGAGCUAACGUCCAGCUCGGACGAGGACGACAGUGACCGGGAGGCGCCCGAUCGCAACGGUCCCGGUUCGUCCCGAGCCGCCCAACAUCAUCACUCCAUCAACGUUGCGGGCCCCGCGGGCACGCCGGGCCGGUGCGGAGGCAAGCGCUGCUCCACCAUUACCUCGAUCAGCGGUGCUCAGGGCAGCGGUGCGACGGACUCCCGCAUCAUCGAGGUUAUACCACUGUCCGUGUGUUCCUUCCCGCUGACGCCGAUGCGGAAGACGCCCAAAACUUCCUGGACCGACGUGUCCUGCUUCGGCGGGGGCAGUUCCUGUGGCGUUGAGGACUCGACGACCAGCGACCCACACGCCAGCACCUCCACCGUGGAGCGCGCCGGGGCGUAUGGAGCGCCCAUCGAGCCGGCCACUACCUCGUCCUCGUUCGCGUCCCCGCCGACGACGUCCGCGCUGGGCGGCCACCAUCGAAGACGGUCGGGAGCAGCAGGGUCCACGCACGGCGGGGUGCAGCAGCACCAUCUCACCAUCAAUGCGCCGCUGACGGCGUCGGAAACGCACGGCACCAAUGGGCACCGCACGCGCCGACGCAGGAAACGAGCGCCACGGUUCAACUCGGUCUCGAAGAUCGAUCGUGCCUCGCGCAUCUUCUUCCCACUGCUGUUCCUGGCCAUCAAUGUGUUCUACUGGUAUCUGUAUCUGUCGCGGAGCGAGCGACUACCCCAGCAACCGAAGGUCGGAUAGGAAGGGCCCCGCAGGAAGCUUUGAUUGAUGAUCUGUGCCCUCCACACGAAAGAAAGCCGCAAGGAAGCGAAGGGAUAUUGAACAAAAAAAAUGUAGUAGCAAUAACAGAAAUUGUUUCUAAGUUUAAGCCACGAAACCGAAUAUUCCGUUGUGUAGUGUAGUGAAAUUAAAUUUAAAUUGCUAAAACUAAAUGUGCCAAUUUUGGGGAGAAACGAGGAACUAGAGAAAAAAACCAGUUGGGCCCGAAACAAAACCAAGAGAAAAAAAAACGCUAUCAAAGAUGCUACUAGAAGUAACAAAAGAAAUUAGAACAUUAGAUGAAAAGGUAGAAAAGAAAGUAAAGAGAGAAAACCUACCAACUACAUUGAACAAAUAUUGUCAGUUAAAAAAACGCGUUGGGACCAGAUGCGCUUACUAAACAAGAAAGAAGAAUUGAUUAAACAAAUGUUGGAGAUAUUUGAAGGAAAUAGGUACAAGGCCAAGCGUAGGAUGUAGAACCCGCACAGCAACGCAAUGGGGGCAGGAGGAGCUUCUGGUCAAUUUUGAGGAUCUGGCAUUCGUUCCACAAACAAAGCCGACGCGUGUGCCGCAGGUACGGACGGUCAGGUUGAUAGCAAAGUAAGGGGCGGGGAUGGGAUAAAACAGAAAACCGUUACCACUAGCAGAGAUUUAAAAAGCACGUUUAACAAAUUGCCAUAGUAAAACCAAAAAACAAUGUUGGAUGUGUGUCGGCAGUAGUGAAAAUAAAACCAAUAGUGUUCAAUAGUG